CCCCUCACCCUCUUCACUAUAUCACCCACUCAUUCAUCUAAUUCUUCACUCAACAAACACUCUUUUUCUUUCCAAUGGCUUUAGAGUUACAAGCUAUGAAUUCAUCUCCUACCCAAACUCCUAUUCCAUUCCCAAUCUUCAAAAACAAACCAGAGAAGAAUCUUGAGCAGCACGAACACGACUCUUUGGUUAAUAAGAAGAAACGAUCAAAACGACCGCGGAUUAGUAAUCCACCCACCGAAGAAGAGUAUCUCGCUCUUUGUCUCAUCAUGCUCGCACAAGGGAACACCAACAACAACACCAACAAGACUCGAUCUCUCCGCGAAACUGAAUCAUCAUCUUCACAAUCACAACAGCAACAACAGCAAGAUCAAACAUCUCCGCCACCGCCACCACCGCCUGUGAAGCUGAAUCACAGGUGCACCGUCUGCAACAAAGCCUUCCCAUCUUAUCAAGCACUCGGCGGUCACAAAGCCAGCCACCGCAAAUCAUCAUUAGAAAACCAAUCCACCACCGUCAACGACAUCGCAACCACCACCGUCUCAUCUCUCACCACCACCACCGGAAAGAUGCACGAGUGCUCCAUCUGUCACAAGAGUUUCCCUACCGGUCAAGCUCUCGGUGGACACAAACGGUGCCACUACGAAGGCGGUAUCAACCACAACACCACCAGCAACAACAAUCACAAUAUCAGUAACAGCAACGCCAACGCUAAUACCAGCAGCAACAUCACAAUCUCUGACGUUACCGCCGCGUCCUCCUCCAUCAGCCACCGCGGCUUCGACCUCAACCUCCCCGCUCCUCUCACUGAAUUCUGGUCUCCGUUAACACUCGGCGGUGGAGAUUCCAAGAAGACCAAACUUAACGUCAAUCUCGCCGGAAAUGAUGAACAAGAGGUCGAAAGUCCGUUGCCGGUAACCGCCAAACGGCCGCGUUUGUUUUCAGAUAAAGACGAUGACGAAACGGUGUAGUUUAUUGACACACCGUAAAUUUAUUUUAUUUUUAAUUGAUUUCAAUUUAUUAUUAUAGUGCAGUGAAUAUGAAUCGCACAUAUUCUAGCACGCACUAGCUAGUUUCCAAUUUCUUGUUUUUUUUCUUUUAAAUUGGGUUGGGGAAUUUUGGAUUAGAUUUUGUUUUGUUCUUAAGUUUAAUCUUUAUCUGUACAGACAAAAUUUGUUCAUUGCUAUUGGAUUCGUCACUUUCAUACUCAUCCAUUCAAUUUCUUUA